GAUGCGGUUCCUGCCCUCCGUGGGGGCGCUGCAUCUGCACCUCCGCUUCUUCUUGCAGCCCGGGCCGGUGCUCAAGGAGGGCCACCUGCCGCAGACACAGCGUACCGCUACGACCAAUGAGUCCGUGGGGCACCGACACGUGGCCCAGUACCAGCUGCGCAUCCGCAUGAAGGGGGAGACUCAGAAGGAGCUGCCGGUGGGUGUGAAGGGCCCGAGACGCUUCAUAGAGCUCCCUGCUGCGGCUUUGCCACCGGCACAUGCUGUGGGCACGCAGCCCAGCCUCGGCGAGCCUGAGACCUGGGAGGAGGCCUGGGUGGCCGGGCUGCUGGGCUGCUUCGGGCAUCGCUACGAGCUCCAGGUGGACCUCAGCGACCAGUUGCGGGAGUUGCUCAUGGGCCAUGACCAGCUCGAGGCUUCCCUGCGCGUGGGCACGGAGUACCGAUG